AUGAAUCCUGACCAGAUUGACAUUGACUCAGACUCAGACGAUGAGCUUGACCUCCGAGUCCAUAGCACCAGCGUCGCUCAGCAAGACACAGCACUACUCCAAUUUGAUGAAGACUUCUUGGCCGCCAAAGAGAGAAACAACGACAAAUUUGCCAUCGAGCGCCGGGCCAACUGGAAUUCCACGACAUUUGAAGGUCGGAACUUUCUGCACUAUCUGGCAUAUAAAGACUCUCGUCGCGAUCCCGCUCCGAAAUGGCUGAUACAAUCGGCAAUCCUGUCGCGGCCAGAGCUGAUGUGUGAGAUGGAUAGUAAGAAACGUACGCCGCUGACAGCGGCCAUUGUGGAAAGGAAUAUAUUGUUCUGCCACAGCGCCGUCAUUCUUCUUAAUGUUGAUCGAUCAAAGAGCUUCUGGGGACAUCUAGGAACCGAAUGCGAAGCCCACGAUCACGGGCACGAUCGAGAAAUCACUUGCCUGCACGCUGCUCUCACCACCAACUUUUAUUACGGCAAGUUCGAUCGGAAGAGAUUCAUCUCAAGGAUGAUCAGCCUUGUACCCGACGAGAUGUUCACUGUCGUGGACUCUAAGGGGCGCACGCCACUGCACCUAGCAGUACAAUACGAGAACUGCUCAGCGUCUCAAGUUGAUAUCGUUGAACAGUUGCUCUACAGAGGGCCUAAAGCUCUGAACAUAGAAAUUGAGACACCAGCAGCUCAAAUGGCUGCUAGCAUCGAAACAAGGGAGGCCGAGAAGAAGGAGGAACAGGAGCGUGUUGAUGCCGCGAGAGAAAUCUCGGAGAAACUCAAACUGCUCUGCCUACGGACGAGGAAACCAGAUCAGGUAUCGAGAAUACUACGAGUCCCAGGCUAUAAAAGAGAUAAGGUGUUAUGGUUUGACUUUGGGCCACCCAAAAAGCUCAGCGAGUCUGAGUUCUACAAGACUUUCAAUCACCUAGAAUUCGAGUCUAUCUUACAGCACGGAACACUCAUGGCUCGUCUCAUUGCUGGCAUCUGCCCAAGUGCGAUCAUACAUUAUGAGGCGCGGGGUACCAAAAAGCUGCAAAUCGACCCGGACAGCGCCGUGAAAGCUAUUCAGUACGCCACCGAGCUGAAAGCGGAUAUCAUCUCCAUGUCCUGGACAAUCAAGCCUCCCACGGAGCCAGCGAAGUUGGAUUUCGACAACGCAAUACACUCGGCCCUCAACGGCAUGAACCGCACCUCGAUGUUCUGCGCAGCCUCAGACCAGGGCAAAUUUGCGGAUCGCACAUACCCUCAUCGCAGUAAUCCCAGCAGCUUCCGCAUCGGUGCAGCUGCAGCGACGGGCAAAAUCAGCGACACAGUGGGAGAUGCUGGCGACUUGAGCUUCAUUUUCCCGGGGCACGAGGUUGUGGUCGACAACUGGUACGACGACGUGAAGGACACAACCUUGAAAAGGUUUGAAGCACACAGCGGCUCGUCAGUAGCGACAGCCCUAGCAGCGGGACUUGCUGCGCUGAUAAUGGAGUGUGUCCGGCUCGGCGUGGCUCACACGAACGAGACCCCCGGCAAGCAGCAAGAUGCGACUGUUGCGAUCAGGGCGGACGACUUGGUCAGCAUCAAGGACAGGGACACGAUGAAGUCGGCGCUGUUGUCUAUUGGAACAGACAUCAACACCAGGAAUCUGUACUUGGAGGUCUGGAGGCUUUUUGAAGAUAAGGCUAAGAAAUUGAAGGAAGCUAGACUUAAUUGCGGCCCGGAAGGACAAUUGGAGAUCAUUGCGGGUCUGGCACGCAACUUUCUCCGGAAAAGGGCUUGA